GUGCAAUGCUGUUUGUGUCAAACUUUGUGGGCCAUUGAAUGGCCGCUAUUCGUGAGCUAAGAGCUAAACUCGUAAGUUCAGGAAAAACUUAGACCUUUACGUUUUCUGGGUAAGUAAUAUGAAAUAUUUUGUAAUGAAUAAUAUCAUUAACGCUAUAACUGCCACGGAUUUAAUGUUCAGAAAAUUAUUCAUCUAUUUCCAGCGCCGGUAUCAGAGUUCGCCGUUUUUACAGAGGUAUUUGGCCUUUUUAAUUUUUUUGAUAAUCCUUUGGCUUGUUCGCCGGUUUUACGAAGAAGGCCGGCCGCGUAUUACCAAACGAUUCAAAGUGACUAAUCAUACGCAAAUCGCAUCGAGACCCGCAACGCAGUGUGAGAUUACGAUUGAAAAUUGCUGCAAUAUGAACGUAUGCGAAACGCCCUGUUUCGAUACGAAUCUUCUGCAGAAGGCAUCAUCGAAAGCAGAUGAUAAGCAGUACCUGUUGGACGACAUCGAGAACAUUGCCGGUUCCUAUCGCAAGCUACCCAGCUGCAGUAAUGAAAAGGGUCUACCCUAAUCACUAGAAACUAAGACUGCUAGCGGGGAUAGUAUCCUCGAUUGGUGGCUUAAAUUCCUCUCUAAAGAGGCAGCUGUAAAAGUGCGAUUAAAAAAGCGGAUUUGCUUAGCGAUGAUGAAAAUCGUUGCCCCCUAACUGAAAUCUCUCCAGACUUAGCAAUAUACAAAUAGGUAGUUGUGAACUAAUUUAUGUGAUUAGUUAAUAGAAAAAAGGAAAGCUAAGGGCUGCAGGAAGGUUGCAUUGAAAGAAUGAUUGGGCUAAGUAGUAUAUAUUGCUUGUCGGUUUUAAUUUUUUUUUCAUUUGUGGCGUGCGCACGUAAAUUUGGUGCUUAUGUGUUAUUUUAUUCGCCCAUAUACUCCGUCGAAUUCACUAGUUUAAAAUGUGUAAUUUGCAAUACGAUUAUUGA